AUGUCGGCCGAUGGGUCGACUACGGACAUCAAUGCCCUUCUCAAUGAUACAGAAUCAGAUCUCACGAGCCUAUCACAUGUUGAUGCCCCAAAUGAUGCGAAUUACAUGAUAUGUGGUGUCGUGAUCGCUAUGGCGCUCGUUGGACUGAUAAUAGUACUGUUGGCUCUCACAAUAAACAAGCUGCGAAAGCGGGAGGAACACUCUGCUUCAGUACAUCCAGCUGAAGUUCUUCAGGCUCCACCUGCACCCCAGCCAGAGCUUGCCUUCCGCCAACAGCCACUGUGGCAGUUCCCGCCGCCGCUGCCUCCGCCUUACGUCUAUCCUCACGAUCAGGACAAUUUGAUGCAGCCGCAUGGCAACGAGCGUGCAAGUUUUCGCAGUCUUCGUAAAAACAUCGGUGGUCGUUGGAAGCGACUGGUCAAUAAAAAACCUGAACAGGAAGUCUAUACGAUCCCGCCCGAGCUCAAGCCCCAGCUCAAACAGAUCUACGUGUACUAA